CUCCUUCGCCCCCGACGGUGGUUCUCUUCCUCCGGGGCUAACAUUGGGCCCCUUUCUCGCCGCUGUGGUCGACUUCUUCUUCUUCUUCAUCUUCACAGCUCGACACAGGAGCUGUGGCACCGUACGCUUCUAAAACUUUCCCUCGACUCUCAACCGUCGGGCCUAGGGCCGAAGCACCGGACCCAGAUGCGAGAGGAAAGACACCGAAGAACACGCGUAAGAUAGACGAAAUACGACAGGCCCCGAUGGGCCCGUUCGGAACACUGUCGAACGGACACCUAGUAUCGCUAGGCCUCGUGAGUGUCGACCGGAGACCACUUGCGUGGAGGGCUUCGGACGUUAAAAGUGGUGUGUUUGAAGUGACCGAAGAAGGACUGUUCUGAUUCGAUGUCGGCGAUGUCGUCGUUACAGUGCGCUCCCGACGUGGGAUCGGGAUGCUGCUGACGACGCGGAAUGUCGGAUUCGUGACGCCAAACCUUCGACGGCGACUAGUGCGCGACUCCUGGAGAGCGUCCUUGUUGUUGUGGAUGUUGUCGAUUCGUAUCUCCUCGCGAGCCUGAACCGGCGGUGUGCCCGGUGCUCCUGCCUGCUCGUUCGCUAUACUGACGUCGUCUGCUCCUUCGUGUUCUUCUUCGCUUCGCCCGAAGGAGGAGUGAGCUGUCGUUGUUGGGGUUGCGCUUGACCUGGCGGCUCGCUGCUCCAGUUUGUUUGACGGGACGCGCACGAGAGGCGGCAGCGUUCUCGAUCUCGGAGAGAGAGGAAUAAACGCCGUUGUCAACCGCCUGUCAACCUGAGGAUGUCCUCCUGCCCGGCCUCAAGUAUGGACGGCUGCAGCGGUGGACUUCCAGGUGGGGCCAGCGCUAGGGAGGCCCGUCACGUGGCUGUCGCAGGCCCGCCUCCUCCGACACCAGUAGGGACCGUCGCUGAAGGUCCGCUGGUCUCUGGAUACGGACAACAGCAGCGACAGCCUCAAGACUUAUUCCUCCGGUACCAGGCCGUGUCCAGGAUACCGCACGGCCUGGCUUCAUCGUUAGACUACCGAGUACCUCCCGUCAUUCCACUGCGCGAUGCGCCAGCAGCACUGCCAAGGCCGGCUACUCUGCCAGACCUGUCUCACCUGUCCACUGGAGCAGACGCAAGUGGUGAAGACGAGAACUUCCUUCCAUUCCAGGACCAGCCGCACAAGUGCUUUUCGGAGCGCAGCCGACCUCGAGCCCGGCUGACCCGGUCCAAGGCGGUCACCGCGAUGCACCUCGACCUGUCCCCCUCUCAGGACUGCUGCGUUCGAGACCUGUCCUCCUGCGGCGGCAACGAGCCCAUAGCCUCAUCCCAAGGUUGUUUCGUGCCGAGCCCCUGCUCUUCGUACACAUCGGGCCACUCGGCGUCUGUUCCUCACUCGGCCAGCCCCGAAGACGCCUUCGGCUGCUUCGCCGACUUCCAGGAAGAGGAAUUCUUUGCCCAAGACGCCAUAGUUGGUGACGUCAAAGACUCGGUGUUCGUAACUGAGAAGCAACCCUUCUGCGAGGACCUAAGCUCAUUGGGCCUCUUCGUUCAGCACGACCAAGUGUUCGACGCCGCCAGUCCUGCUGAGGCCCUAGGCAGGAGCGACAACAGCCUCGAGUCUCAGAGGUUCCCUCAUCCAGAAGGUGCUGCCGCGAGGGAAGACGUUGGCAGAGCCACUGGCAUCGAAGAAGAGUCCCCCGUGGCUGCACUCUUCGAGGCCGACGAACAGCUCAGGAUGGCGCCGGACAUCGGGUCCAGCUGCUCGGACCUGUCUGCCAUGACUAGUUCCUCUCCGACGUUAUCCACCUUCACCAGCAACCGCAGCUCGGCUCGCUCUUCGUUCACGAGCCGUCGGAGCAAGAGGUCGCUGUCCAUAUCUCCGACGUCCACGGACGGCAUGGACCUCAACACCAUCAUCCGCUCGUCGCCCACCUCACUCGUGGCGUACCUCAACGGCAACCGGUGUCCUUCCUCCGCCUCGUCAGCGUCAAGCCUGGCGACGGCGACCGCAGCCUUGGGAGCGUACGGGCACCUGUCGGCUAGGCCCACCAGUCCACGCUGCAACGCGCAGCACCGGAUAAGCACGCCUUACUCGCCGACCCUCCUCAAGAUGGCCGCCAAAGAAGAACCCGGCUCUCCCUUCGACAACGCCGGUCUCGUCCUGCAGGCAAUCGACGAAGUUGACCAGCUGGCCGAUUUCAGGGACUACGACUUCCUGGAGCCCGAGGACAACCUGGCCGUCAUCAAGCAGCAGGAAGCGGACAGAGUGCUACCUGCGGCGGGCGGUGUCGCCGAUGCCGCGAGAGAAGGCGCCGCUGGCCCCGCGUCGAGAGUCGUCGAGUACGGCGAGGCCGUCGUCGACUCUACUCAACCCCUUCCCAGCGUUGCGUCUCUGCUCGUGGACCUGCAGAAGCCGCCGCCGCCUUCGUACGACCAGCACAUGGCCCGAAAGCUAGCCUUCCAGAAGAUGUACUCCUCGGACAGCAGCCAGCCUUCCAACUACUCGAGCUUCGAGAGCACCGGAUCGGCGGACGCGGCCGAGCUCGCGGAGGUCGACUCGACCACGGGCGGCGAGGUCUUACAGCAGCAGCAGCAACACCAACAACAGGCGCGCUCGUACGACUGCCAGUGGAUCGAGUGCCGGGCCCUGUUCGACGAGCAGGAGAGCCUGGUGCGUCACAUCGAGUCGUGCCACAUCGAUCAGCGGGUUCGAGAUGAGUACACAUGCUUCUGGCAGGGCUGCCCGCGCCGCCACCGGCCGUUCAACGCCCGCUACAAGCUCCUCAUACACAUGCGCGUCCACUCCGGCGAGAAGCCCAAUCGGUGCACGUUCGACGGCUGCACGAAGGCCUUCUCCCGACUGGAGAACCUCAAGAUUCAUCUUCGGUCGCACACGGGCGAGCGUCCGUACUCCUGCCAGUUCCCGGGCUGCCCCAAGGCGUUCAGCAACUCCUCGGACCGGGCGAAGCACCAGCGAACCCACCAGGACACGAAGCCGUACGCUUGCCAAGUUCCUGGCUGCUGCAAGAGGUACACGGACCCCAGCUCGUUACGGAAACACUAUAAAAACCAUCUAUCCAACGAAGAUACAGCGAGAAAAAAAAUACGCAGCGAGCACGACCCUGACUCCGCGGGCAGCGGCAACACCGGCAUGGCCGACAGCUGUCUGGAUUCCUGCCUUCAGCCGGCGUAUGCGUUACGCGAUCGACCCAAGCUGGAACACGCGGACAGCGGUAUCGGCCGUUCUCCCGGCGCCAGCUCCGUCAACGAGUGCUGCUACCGACCAGGUCCAGCGUCGAGGGCGCUCCAACUGAGCCACAGCGACAACGACAUCCGCUGCCGCUCGUCACCAAACAGCCGCUACGCCCGCAGUCCGGGACUCUCGGAGGACAAGCUCCACCCUCAAGGUUACCCGAUUCCACUGUUCCGGACGAGUUCAUUCACGGAGACCUGCCUUCCCCGCAGCCCCACAACCAGCGUCCUGCUCGAAGUGCCGCGCUCGGACGUUCACUUCACGUCCAUAGGGGGCCAGCAGUGCUCGUUGGAGGUUCCCGUGCCUCUGCAGCAGCGGACAUGCUCGAUGGACCAGCCCGACGACGACAUCCAGGAGCCCCUGGCCACGCUCAACAUGUGCGACCUGCGCGCGCUGGGCCACCUGGGAGACUCUCUCAGCUCGCGAGAGGACUCGGCCGACGAGGCGCCGCCGCUGCCCCUCGACCAGCAACCGCUGCCUCCGUUCGACGCCAGCUUCUACUCGUCGUGCCUGCUCCUCGACGACUUGCCACACUUCGGAGGGGUGUCUUGAAAACAGCCAAAGUGCCACACGGCGCAACGUGCAAAAUCUCCGCGGAAAAACUUGUUCCGCACUCCGUCCAAGGAUGUCAACUCUACGCCGUUCGGCCAUGCCAACGCAAAGGGGCGAACGCGCAUGAAAAUGCUGACGUCACUACGGCGACUCUGAUUAACCCGGUGAACUGCUAUGGCGGAACUGCCUUUUGUGAUGUGCUCUGGUGAACAGCUCUGAUGGAACUUGUCAGUCCUCGCACUGCAACCCGAAGCCGUGAACUCUGUGGUCGCUUGAGAGGACUCUGAGCUUCACCAGAUCAGCUCCGUGUCGUUGUUAUUGUUCUUGUAGUUAUAAGAGACCGCGUGUGCAGUGAGGAGGCAUCGAUAGCGUUAAUUUUUUUUUGUAUACCUCGGCUCAACAUGUUCUCUACUCAGCGAUAGCAUGACUGAAACAGCUACCCUGGAGGUUAGAAACGAAGUGUCCUUCGCUAGCAUGCUGCAACACAGAUCAGCGACGAAGCCGUCUCAAGCUACCGAUACAAGCCUCUCACGUCAAUGGCCAUCAAGGAAGGCUGGUCAACACAUCCCUCUCAAUAAAAUUGAUGAUGAUAUGAAUGUAGCCACGUAGUAGAGGUCACACUUCUUGUGGCGAAGAUUUCACUAAAGUAUGUACUCUAUCUGCAUGGCAUAGGU